UAAAGGCGUAAUGCGGUUUCGACGCAGAUAACCAACAGUAAAUUUCUGAUUGGGUGGAAAUGGGGGCGGGACCUACCUCCUCGCCUCUGUAGGCAGCUUCUGUUGGACUCUUUUCAAGUUUGUGUUGCAUACCGUCAUGCAUGUGAAUGUUGAGUGUUUUGCCCAUGUUCUUCCUUCCCAUGUACACCAUGUGCUUACAAACGUCACUCUCUAGGUGCCUUACACAUUUUGGUAAUAUUUAGGCUCGCCUUUUGUCGACAACUAUUGCUAUCGUUUCGGGUCGCUCACUGCCAUCAUGUCUCGAAUAUCUACGGACGACACGGCGCUACGCGAGCUUGAAGACCCUGCCGCCCUCCCAGAAACUGCCCCAGCCGCCAGCCCCGAGAAAGGCACCCAAGCGGUUAGCGGAGUCCCCUUGGUAUCGCCUCCUCCAGACGGUGGCUUCCACGCCUGGGCUCAGGUUGUAUCCGGUCAUCUGGUCGUCGCCCUGACUUGGGGGUAUGCCUCCAGCUUCGGCGUCUUCCAGAAUUACUACGAGGCCACGCUGCCGCAAUUCCCCUCCGACAUCUCGUGGAUUGGGGGGUUCCAGGUUUUUUGUCUCCUCUUCAUCUCGACGCUCUCCGGGCGCGCGACCGACGCAGGACUCGCGUGGCAUGUGACAGUGGCCGGCACCAUCCUGCUGCUGCUCGGCACCUUUAUGACCAGCCUUGCCACCGAGUACUGGCAGAUCUUCCUGGCACAGGGCCUCUGCAUCGGUAUCGGUCAGGGCCUUAUGUGGCUGCCUAGCGUCACCCUGAUCUCGACGUAUUUUGUGCGCAAGAGAGUCUUUGCCGUCACCGCCGCAGCCACAGGCACGAGCACCGGCGGCAUGAUCUUUCCAGCCAUGAUCCAGCACCUAACUCCCCGGAUCGGUUUCCCCUGGGCCGUCCGCUGCAUGGGCUCCGUCGUGCUGGUCAUGGCGCUCGUCAUUGUCGCGCUCCUGCGCACUCGUCUUCCACCUCGCAGGUCGGGCCCGUUGGUCGAAUGGGCCGCCUUCAAAGAGCCCUCGUACAUGCUGUUUACACUUGGGAUCUUCCUCCUCUACUGGGCGAUGUACUUUGCAUUUUUCUACAUCCAGGUCUACGCCGUCGAAGAGCUGCACCUGUCCCAGGCGGCCGGAGUCAAUCUGAUCAUUGUCAUCAAUGCGUGCGGCAUCCCCAUCCGCGCCCCCUGUGGCCCUCUGGCUGAUCGGUACAUUGGCCCGCUCAACUGUUUGAUCCCGUGGGUCGCCCUCUGCGGGGUCUUGAUGUUCUGCUGGAUGGCCGUUUACAGCGUCGUGGAGCUGUACAUCUUCGCCGUCUUCUACGGGCUUGCUUCGGCCGCGGCCAUGGGCCUCUUCGCCGGCACCGUGCCGUCGCUGACAAAGGACAUGGACAAAAUUGGGACUCGGGUCGGCAUGGUGCUGACUUUGAUGAGUCUCGGGCCCUUGACCGGUCCGUCCGUGGCGGGCGCCUUGAUCGCCUGCACCGGAGGAGGCUAUCUGGCCGCGCAGAUCUGGGCCGGCACGUCGCUACUUGCGGGUGUGGCAGCCUUGGUCGGAGCACGUCUCAUCACUUCUGGAUUCCGUCUGAAGUUUAAGAUGUGA